ACGGCCACACAAUGUUUCCAAAAAAUAGCAUCGUUUGUCUGUCGACUUUUAUGUGGAUUACAGCAUCAUGUAGCCUCAGGAUUAUCUCUCCAAGGAAGUACGAAGAGUCCCUUUUCACUGGCAGCAUUUUUCGUGCAAGAUGCGCUUCGAGGUGCCUCAGCCUUCACAUCACACGCAUAUCGUCCCUUUCCAAACACUCUCAGAAUAAUGGAUCUCUGGCGUGGUGUCAAAAUCAUAAACAUUGCUCAAAGUGCCUAGAGCCCUGCAAUGCAUCCUGGGACCUGAAAGAAAACCAGUGCCGGAGCUUAUGUGAGUCCCUGUUUCCCAACAAGCACUCGGAGUGUGUGACGAGCUGUGAGUUCCUGCAGUCUGUGGAGAUGGCAAAGCAGGGAGACUGCCCCGCCCCACGCAAGGCCAGCGGCUUUGCUGCAGCCUGCGUGGAGAGCUGCGAAGAUGAUGGAGAAUGCUCAGCUUUCAAGAAGUGCUGCUUCAAUGGCUGCGGACACACCUGCCAGCUGCCCAAGAACCUCUACAAAGGAGUUCCUCUGAAGCCCAGGAAGGAGCUGAGCUUCACUGAGCUUCAGUCAGGCCAGCUGGAAAUCCGCUGGUCCUCCAGGUUCAACAUCUCAGUGGAGCCGGUUUUGUACGUGGUGCAGAGGAGGUGGAACUUCGGCAUCCAUCCCAGCGAAGACGAUGCCACGCAGUGGGAAACUGUGGCACAGACCACAGAGGAGCACGUCCAACUCACUGACAUCCGAGCCAGCAGGUGGUACCAGUUUCGAGUGGCUUCUAUCAACAUUCAUGGGACCCGAGGUUUCACGGCUCCCAGCAAGCAUUUCUGCUCCUCCAAAGAUCCCUCUGUUCCUCCUGCUCCGACCAGCCUGAGGAUUACCAAUCUCACGGUCCACAGUGAGGGGAUGGUUUCGGCUCGUCUUUGCUGGACCCUGGCAGAGGAAGCGGACCUCCCUGUGCACCACUUCAAAGUGUUCUGGAGCUGGGCAGGCAGUGAGCUGUCCGUGCUGCCUGCCAAGAAGAAGAGGCGAAAGACCGCCGAUGGGGCAAUAAACUGUGCAGACCUGGAGGACCUCCAGGCCAACAGCUGCUACACAGCGGAGCUGCAGGCAGUGACGUACUGGGGACAGGUGCGUCUGAAGAGUGCCAAGGCUUCCCUAAACUUCAGUACCACCCACUUCAACCACACAGGAAAACCAUUGUCCAAACUGAAGAAAUUUGAAGAAGUGACUGCAGGUUUUAUUCCCGGGAAGCAAUUCAAAUGGCCAUUGGGGGUGGGCAACCCCUUCUACCAAGAUGGGCUGCUGCAGGUCAGAAUUUACUGGAAGAAGAGAGGAGACCCAGCUGUGACACGGUACCAUGUCCAGUGGGUGCCUGAGUUUUGUAGCCACAAUGAGACCAGAGGACCAGCUAAAUCUAUAACCCAGGAGAACUACAUCAACCUCCCAGACCUGCUGUUCUCCUGCAAGUACAGAGUGACUGUCCACGUGACCGGGGCCGGGGGCCGCUCUAAGGCUGAGAGCAUCACAUUCCUCACCCCAUCCUGCUCCACACUCAGGGCAAAAAGCCACAAACAAAUCCACUGUCCCGAGGAAGGAGGGCCGAUACUACCAACAGUUUUGGCCAAACCAGAAAACCUCACUGCGGCCUUCUCCGUCCUUGAGGGAAAUAUCACUGGUAACUUCUUCUGGAGGGUGUCGAUGCCCCACCCACAUCGGCGCAUCACAGGGCUUCAGGUCACAUGGGCAGAAGUCACCACAGAGAGCCGACAGAACAGCUUAGGCAACAGUGUAAUCUCUCAAUCGCAGAUGCUGCCACCAGGACAUAAUCACCUUGUAGUGUCCAACAUGCGACCAGGAAUAACCUACAGAGUGGACAUAUGUGUGAUAACAACAGCAGGAGUGGGCCCUGUCAUAAGCAAAAUCUUUCAUACACCUACCCUGCUACCAGCUCCUCCACAGUGGUCCAGACUGAGACGACAACACCAACGCCAGCAGAGACCAUCAGGACAGAAACACUGAUAAUCCAGAUAGACCCACCAAGAGGGACCUGAGCCAGUCUCAUAGCCCACCUCAGCAAAGAGGAGAAACACAAAACCAGACAGAACAAAAGAAAAAGAAAUGCUACAUAUUUAAUCUAGCAUGUUACGUGAGUAAUCCUCCCAGCUACACAGCAUCUGUGUACUCCUGGGUGUAACCUGAUUUUCAUCAAGCUCUACGCAGCAACAUUCUUCACACCACGCUUACUGCAAAGCUCUGGGACGAUGGGAUAAUUUCCUCACAUGUUCCUGGAGGAGUUGCACUGGUUUGCUACAUACA